UGUCCUCCCGCUGAGUCCCUGGCCAUGUCCUCCGGCCGAUGCCGGCAUCUGUCUUCCGGGUUCCGUUCCCUGCGAGCGUUGGGACAUACGGGGGACAGAACCGGCGGGAGAUUCCAAAAUGUCAAAUAAAUCUGAUAGUAUUACAUUACUGUACCAAACCAUUUCACAUACAUUUUGUCCCGAGUGCUUUGUCCUGUGCCCUGCCUGCAUUUUUUACUGUUCUUUCUGCCUGGAAACUGAUAAACAUCCAUGGCAUCCAAAAAGCGUCCCUUUAGGUCAAAAGUGGUUCUAGAGAACAGCGAUAGUAAAUCAGAACUACUUGCAGAAUUGA